CUGCAACAAGUGCAUUAAUGAUGCUCGCCUGCUCAAGCCUCCAAGAAAGACCUCUUUGAACUGGAAUCAUCAGCGAAGUUUUGAGCUUUUCUUGAGCAACUUCGGGAGAUAUCGUAUGACUCAGUAUUUAUUUUGGACACUUACUUGACUACCAUCAGGUUUUGCCGGUCGGCGAAACCGAAAUUAAGAACCGCAAAGGGUUGGGCAAUUUAGAAGAACUUUAUCAAGUAAGCUAGCUCAAGUUGCUAGCCCUGUGUGUCUGAAGAAGUCCGUCAGUCGUUUGUCUCAAUAUGUUGCGGGGUGACUAGUUAGUAGGUCCGGCGCACUUGUCGUGGUUUUUGUACCCGACAUGUUUUUGCCAGACGACGACAAGUGCGAGGAAGCAAGUCGUCGGAGCUCAGAGAAACCCACUAUGGCUAAACAACGAAAACAGCUGCUGUGUUGAUGUGACAAAAAAGGUCAGGAGGACAACAUCAGCGACUAUGAGCUGGGCAGAACAACAGGACAGGGUCUUGUCCACAAGUGAAGAGACUCUCCCGUGUCUACCCAACUCUAAAGCUGACCCGCUGAUCCGAAGCCGACCCCUCAGUGAUAUAUACCCAUUCCACAGUCAUGCUGACAGAAGUGUGGUCCCAUCUCUGCUGUCUGGGUGUGGUGCCCAAGUACAGCCAGUGACUGCAGGUCCUGAAGAAAACAGAUUGAAUGGCAUCAACUCCUCCGCCUGGUCCAACCCUGUCAUAGGUCAGCCUGAAGGAAAGCCUUACUCCUCAAGAAUUAUGAGGCUUUUUUCUAACUCGAGAAAGGGCCCUGUCCCUGCUAACAGUCCAACCCCUGACACUCCUAACUCAACCCCCAGCAACGACAACAACAGCGCCCCUCAGAACUGGUCAGGACUUUCAGGAAUGGGUGUUGUGGACUCCUUCAAGAAGCUCCGCUCCUCUGUGCUCCAGGGUAUACAGAGUAGAGGGGCAGUCACCCACGAUGAAAAAAAUAACCCAUUAAUUCAUGAGAUGGCUAAUGGCACAGGUGUGGUCAACAUUGACCCUUCUGAUGCAACAGAUCAUUUAAAGUUUGUAGAAGGAUACAGUGUGUCUAAUGGAAAUUUUACUAGCCAAAAGUUGGCUGCGAUGAGCCAGUAUGGAUCAGAUGUUGAUGACUUUGAUGAUGAGGAAAAUGAUGAAGGAGAUGGUCUGACGCGCAACUCACGACUUUCGAGGAGUAUCAGGAGAGCGUACGGAGCAGGACGCAUCUCUUUACUCGACACAGGGAAUAGAAGACUAGCAAGAACAAGCACAACUGACGCUGCAGACGAUCAGAGACAGGAUCAGAAAUCCAAGGUCAAUGUCCAAACAAAGAACAUAAAUGAGAGCACAAAUGUGAAAGUGCUGAACAGACUGAGCAAAAGUGCAGAAAAUCUUCACAUAUUUAAAGCACCUUUCAGACGCAAAGCCCCAUCUCCAGGACCUCCUUUGCCUCAGGAGGACCACCAGAGGACUAGCACGCCAAAUGGGACACGAAACAUUCAGAGGACAGCCAGCGCCUCCUCAGUGGACCUCCGGGGGCAUGCUGCUAGCCAAAGGAAGAGCCCUGUCAUGACCAAGGGGCCGAUGCUAAAGCUAGUAGGCAGCAUGACUGACCUGACUGUCCGACGCAGGCAAAGUCCCUCGCCCAGCCCAACCACUCCCUCUCCCCUUUCACCACUGACCCGUCUUCAUGACGACUACUCCCGACGUGUGCCUUGCCUAACAACCAGUGAGCGACAGCGCCGGCCCUCGCCCGUCAGAGCCCGGGUCAUGUCUGUCGAACGCACCCCUAUGGUUUCUCUACAGCCUGAAUGCGAUGUGAACCCCCAGCAGCACCAGGUCCUUAUCAAUCAGGUUUCUGUGGAGGCCCCGGAGGGAACAGAACAGACUUCACAUGGUCUCUCUGUUCAUUAUGAGCCAACAAGUGGUUCUAAACAGCCAGCAGAAUAUGAUUCAUCUCCUCUCAGCCAGAAAGAGCCUUCCCAACAACAAGAACAGACUGAAGUCAACGUGCUAUCAAAUGAGGCAACAACAAACCAACAAGGGCAAGAAGAACUUCUCCAAACAGAAGAAGCCUCUCCAACAACCAGCAGCACCCCUCCUGUUACUCCAACAAGCCUUUCGGAGUCACCCACAUCACCCACAUCACCCACAGAUGGAUCCACGGAAACCUCCUCAGUCAAGCCCAGGCGAAGGAGCGGGCGGCCCAGACCUCGUCCCAUCUCUGACUACGGGCAGCUCAUUUCCAGGAAGCACUCCAUUCCAGAGGAAGUUGCAGAACUGCAUUCAGAGGAAAGGACAGCAAAUACAUCACUGCAUAAAGACUGCAGUGGUAAUGAUGACCGUGGGAAUGGAGAGAGCCCAGAGAACUGCAGUGUUAACGGAGACAUUCAAGGCAUGAAACAGCGUCCAAUCUCAGUGAUAGGAGUUGUGGAUCUGUUAUCACCUGAUGCUGAGGAGAAAGACGACCGCCUUCCUUCUCCCCUGUCGCGACCGCCCAUCCCCUCCCACCAGGUUCCCCCCUACAGAGCGGUGUCUGCCAGGUUUCGCCCGUCCACCCUCUCCCAGAGCACCCCCAUCGGACUGGAUCGUGUUGGACGGCGUAAGCUCCACAGAGUGCUCAGUGAUGGUGUGUCUGAGUGCUCGGCGACACUUGAUGACAGCGUGAGUGAGGAGGAGGAGGGCAGCUUUGAUGAGCUCACUGAUGUCACGCCCUACCUCCAGCCAGGGGUGGAGCUCUCUGUGCUCAACGAGUGGAUAAGCUCCGGCCACACAGUGUAUGCUGAGGCUCUCUGGGACCAUGUGACCAUGGAGGAGCAGGAGCUGGCCUUCAAGGCUGGAGAUGUUAUCCGUGUCCUGGAAGCCUCUCAUAAGGACUGGUGGUGGGGAAGGGGGGCUGACAGGGAGGCCUGGUUCCCUUCCAGCUUUGUGAGGGUACGGGUGAACCAGGAGGAUUCGAGUGCAGAAAGUGUGGAAAGUGUAGCGGACCAGGAAGAUCCAACUCCCAGAGACACACACAGCGCUCAGCACAAGGAGCAGAUGAGAACGAAUGUGGUUCAGGAGAUCAUGAAUACUGAGCGCAUCUACAUCAAGCACCUGAAAGACAUCUGUGAUGGUUACAUCCGUCAGUGCCGUAAACACCCGGACAUGUUCACUGAGCUGCAGCUGCAGACCAUCUUCAGCAACAUAGAGGACAUCUACAGGUUUCAGAGGCAGUUUCUCAGAGACCUGGAGAAAAAGUACAACAAAGACCAACCACAUCUCAGUGAAAUCGGCUCUUGUUUUCUCUUGCAGGGAGAGGGCUUUUCCAUCUACUCAGACUACUGUAACACUCAUCCAGCAGCCUGUGGUGAGCUGCAGCGCCUCAUGAAGUCGGGCAAAUAUAAGCAUUUCUUCGAGGCCUGCCGGCUCCUCCAGCAGAUGAUCGACAUUUCCAUUGCAGGUUUUUUGCUCACGCCCGUCCAGAAGAUCUGCAAGUACCCCCUGCAGCUGGGAGAACUGCUUAAGUACACCCCCAAAGACCACAGUGACUACAGCGGAGUGAGCAAAGCCUAUGAGGCUAUGAAGAAUGUUGCCAGUCUGAUAAAUGAGAGGAAGAGACGGCUGGAGAGUGUUGACACCAUCGCUCACUGGCAGGUGGCCAUUCUACACUGGGAGGGCCCUGACGUGCUGGAACGCAGCUCGGAGCUGAUCCACUCUGGUGAGCUGACUCGAGCUGUGCGACAAGGCAAAAUGCAACAGCGCAGCUUCUUCCUGUUCGACCACCAGCUGGUCUUCUGUAAAAAGGACGUCCUGCGCAGAGACCUGCUCCACUACCGUGGACGGCUGGAUAUGGACCAGACCGAGGUGGUGGACGUGCCCGACGGGCGGGACCUGGACCUGGGCCUGACCCUAAGGAAUGCUCUGCGUCUGCGCAACGCCUCCACCUUGGAGUUUGUGUGUGUGCUGUGCUGCAGGAAGGCCCAGGACAAGCAGAGGUGGUUACAGGCGUUUGCCAAGGAGAGACACAGAGUCAAGGAAGACCAAGAGAUGGGAAUGGAGAUUAGUGAAGAGCAAAGAAAACAGGCCAUUGUUAAUGCCAGAAGAGCCAAACAGAAGAAGAGCAAAUCCAUUGGUUACUCUGGUUCUGUCCCACCACACCACCAAAACCUUCACCCACUUCACCAGCGCCACAUCACCAUUCCAACCAGCGUGCCUCAGCAGCAGGUCUUUUCGUUGGCCGAGCCCCCAAAACGAAAGCCUUAUCACCUGUUGUACAGCAUCACCCGCAACGCCUUUUUCAGGAAAUGAGGCUUUGCUCUUUUUUUCUCCCUGUGAAUGUUCAUAGCACGCCCAAACCGUCCUGAAGACUCAAAGAACACUUUAUUUUUUCCCUGUAUUUUUCUUCCUGUGAAUGUACCGUUUUGUUUUUGUGCCUCAUGUCUCUUUC